AUGGCUUCAUAUCAAAAUGCUGGUGGCCCAAGUGGCAGCGGCUCAGAGUCUAGCCGUGGCUCGAGGAGGAAAUCAAGUCGGACAAUAAAAGAACAGAACUUACCCCAUGGGCAAGCAUCUUGGUUUAGUAGCAAUGUCAACCUUCUCAAUACUAUCGUCGGUGCCGGUACACUUGCCAUGCCUUUAGCAAUGUCACAUAUGGGAAUACUACUCGGAACAUUCGUUAUAGUAUGGUCGGGGUUGAUGGCAGCUUUUGGGUUAUAUUUACAAUCUCGAUGCGCCAGAUAUCUUGACAGAGGGACGGCUUCUUUCUUCGCAUUAUCACAAAUCACCUACCCAAAUGCAGCGGUCAUUUUCGAUGCGGCUAUUGCUAUCAAAUGCUUCGGUGUGGGCGUUAGUUAUUUGAUCAUCAUUGGUGAUCUAAUGCCAGGAGUUGCAACGGGCUUCAACCAGGGAGCAGAGUCCAUACCACUUCUUAUGGAUCGAAAGUUCUGGGUGACGGUUUUUAUGUUUGUUGUUAUUCCGCUCUCAUACCUAAGACGUCUUGAUUCCUUGAAGUAUACUAGUAUUGUGGCUCUGGUUUCCAUUGGGUACCUCGUUAUACUUGUGGUAUAUCACUUUUUCAAGGGAGAUACUAUGGCAGACCGAGGUCCAAUUAGAGGGGUUGAAUGGGGAGGAAUAGUCCCAACUUUACAGAGUUUCCCCGUCAUUGUCUUUGCUUAUACUUGCCACCAGAAUAUGUUCUCCAUUCUGAAUGAGAUCAAAGACAACUCACCUAAGCGAACAACAGGUGUUGUUGUGGCAAGUAUUGGCAGUGCUGCUUCGAUAUAUGUUUUAGUUGCCAUCACAGGUUAUUUGUCUUUUGGUAAUGCUGUGAAGGGAAACAUUGUUGGAAUGUAUAUCCCAUCUACUGCUUCAACAAUUGCUAAAGCAGCCAUUGUCAUUCUCGUCAUGUUCUCCUAUCCACUUCAAGUACAUCCUUGUAGAGCAUCAGUUGAUGCAGUCUUGAAGUGGCGCCCAAAUUCAUGGCAGAGACGCCAUUCACCCAAUGGAUCACCUGCUCGAUCCGCUCCUUUACUAUCCGGCGGCUAUGUCCGACCUGCCACAAGAAAUGAAACUAUUAGUGAAACACGCUUCGCAAUCAUUACCACAGUUAUUAUUACUCUUAGCUACUUUACAGCAAUUACCGUGUCAUCGCUCGAUAAAGUACUUGCAUACGUUGGAAGCACAGGUAGUACAAGCAUUAGUUUCAUUUUACCAGGACUGUUCUACUACAAGAUUUCAUCCCCAGAUUCAAUUCACCAUCAACGAUUGACAAAGGAGGAUGAUGAAACAGAUUCGGAUGAAGAACAAGAGGAAGGUCAAGGUCUACUUGGCCAAUCCAUCAAAAAGACUGUGCCUUGGCGCAAAACCAUCUUACGAAAGCUAUCUUUAGCAUUGGCUAUUUAUGGCAUAUGCGUAUUGGUCAUCUGUCUGACGACCAACUUAUUCUUCACUGCGCAGGGGCAUUGA